GACCCGGGCGGCUGGCCGGCUCCCGCCCUGCUUCCCGCCCUCGCCCGGCCGGGGGCGACACCGGCCCUUGCCGGGCCCCCACACGAGGGAGGGGGGGUCUCUCGGCCUGCUCGGCUGCGCCCAGACAAAGGAAGGUAACGUGGACGAACCGGGACGAGACGGCAGCAGCCCCGGCUCCCUCGCGCAAGAGAGGCCGCCACAUCUUUCCUCGCUCAGCCGGAGCCAACUCCGGCAGCGGCGAAGUAAUCCGGGCCGUGGGUCGGAGGGCACCCAGCGAAACCAGUGUGUGAGAGUAGCGAAGAGCGGCGGCGGAAGGAAGAGAAAGGUACGGGACCGGUGGCUCACCAGGAUCCGCUUGAAGAGGUUGCUCUCCUUGGGCGGCAGCGGCACGGACGGCAUGCUGGUGGAAAAAUAAGAAGCAAAAUGAAACCUUUCCAAAGGGUCUGUCAUUUCAAGAGCCUGCUUGCCAGUUGCUGCUGUCACAGUCAGCUUCCCAGCUGUCUUCUCCCUCCCACUGCAAAGAAGAUAGGCUGUGCAGCGGAACUGCACAAUGGUGGAUUUUGGAAACCAGAAUCUUUAUUGGACACGGCUACAUUCACUCUGUCUUUUAACAGCAGGCACAGGAAAAACCAUCAGGAUUCUCGAGCAUUGUGGAAGCAGGAAGCAGUGCAGAAAUAUCUGGAGACACUAAGCAAGGAAUACCAGCAGGUUAAUCAUCUGUUAAAUGCUGACUCAGUAAAUGACUUUGAGCAAGGAACCCUGAGGAGAAGAUGUGCCGAUCUGUCCCCAAUUGCAGCUGCAUUUCAGGAAAUCAAAGAAUCUGAAAAAGAACUUCAGGAGUUAGAAGCUAUGUGCAAAGAGCUAGAUAGCAGAGAUGAGAAACAACUUCUAGAGCUUGCCUUAGAAGAGAAGGAGACCCUGGAUAAAAAAAUCAACGUGUUGUGCAGAAAGCUUUUCCAGCUUCUAGUGCCAAAGGAAAAAUACGAUAAAAGUCAUGUCAUACUAGAAGUGACAGCUGGCAGAACAACUGGAGGAGACAUCUGCCAACAGUUCACUAAAGAAAUGUUUGAGAUGUACCGGAACUAUGCAGACUAUAAAUGCUGGACCUUUGACAUUGUGAACUAUACACCAGCUGAGAUAGGUGGGUUGCAUCAUGCUUCUGCUCAUAUUUCGGGAGAUGAUGUCUACAGGCAUCUGAAGUAUGAAGGAGGGACUCAUCGAGUCCAGCGAAUCCCUGAGACGGGCCUGUCAUCACGAAUGCAGCGUAUUCACACUGGGACAAUGUCAGUUAUUGUUCUCCCUCAGCCAGAGGAGGUUGAUGUUAACGUGGAUCCCAAAGAUUUGCGUAUAGACACAUUCAGAGCCAAAGGAGCAGGAGGGCAACAUGUUAACAAAACUGAUAGUGCUGUGAGAAUUGUGCACCUUCCCACAGGACUAGUAGUUGAGUGCCAGCAGGAGCGAUCCCAGCUGUUGAACAAGGACAUAGCUCUGCGGACACUGAGAGCUAAGAUGUACCAGCAGACCAUUGAAAAACAGCUCAAUCAACAGCAGAGUGCCAGAAAACUGCAGUUGGGAACAAGAGCCCAGUCAGAGAGAAUCCGUACUUACAACUUCACCCAGGACAGAGUCACCGACCACAGGAUCUCGUAUGAUGCACGCAAUAUCAAGGAAAUUCUAAAUGGGAAAGAAGCACUGGAUAAGCUCAUCAACAGACUGCUGGAGUUUGCAGAGAUGGAGGCUGUCACUGAGUAUCUAGAAAGUUUGCAGGCUGUGGAAGGAGGAGGCUGCUGAAGGCCUUGCAUGGAGAUAGAGCAGAAAUGUUGUGUUCGGUAGGAAAAUAGAUGCAUUUGUUAAAUAAAUCUAUGCUUCUGUU